GGCAAUGGCAGAAAUUAAAGCUUUUCAAUCUUUUAAGCAAAAGUACUCAUUUGAUACACGUAAAAAAGAAUCAGAACGUAUUAGACAAAAAUAUCCUGAUCAAGUUCCAGUUAUUUGCGAAAAGAUAAUAAAAAAUGAUAUAUCUACUGUUGACAAGAAGAAAUACCUUGUUCCAGUAGAUUUAACAAUUGGACAAUUCAUAUACGUUAUUAGAAAAAGAAUAAAAUUAAGUCCAGAGAAAGCGAUUUUUAUCUUUAUCAAUGGAAUUCUACCGCCUGUUUCAGAGACAAUGAAAGUAGUGUUUAACAAGUAUAAAGAUGAAGAUGGAUUUUUAUAUAUCAAAUAUUCUGGUGAAAAUACUUUUGGUUUAGAAAUUUGAAUAAAUUUACUCCAUUAAAUAAGUUUC